AUGCGUGGCCUGGAGGGCGCGGCGUCCCGGGCUGCGGCCUUGCCAUCGCCCCUGCGGCCAGGCGCCUAUGGCGUUUUUGAGGUACGCUGCUGGCACAGACUCUCUCUAGGGCUGGGGGCAUCACCCAUGAACCCUUCGGUGACCUUGUUGGUCCGGCGCCAGAACAUCGGAUCAGAAGUUGAGAAUUCCACUAUUGAGAAACAACGGAAGGAACUGCAGUUGCUCGUUGGAGAAUUGAAAGACCGAGAUAAAGAGCUCAAUGAUAUGGUUGCAGUGCAUCAAAGACAACUGCUUUCAUGGGAAGAGGAUCGGCAGAAGGUGUUGACUUUGGAGGAACGUUGCAGCAAAUUAGAAGGUGAGCUGCAUAAAAGAACUGAGAUAAUCAAGUCACUCAUGAAGAAGGUCAAAAUCCUUGAAUCCAAUCAAGUAGAAUGUCAGAAAACUCUUCAGAAGACUCAGCAGCAACUUCAGGAAAUGGCUCAAAAGGCUACACACUCUGCCCUCCUCUCUGAAGACCUUGAGGCUAGAAAUGAAAAUCUCAGCAGCACGUUAGUGGAACUGUCUGCUCAGGUAGGACAAUUGCAAGCUAGAGAGCAGGCUCUCACUACCAUGAUAAAGCUAAAGGACAAAGAUAUUAUUGAAGCAGUCAAUCACAUUUCAGACUGUUCGGGUAAAUUUAAAUUGUUAGAGCAUGCUUUACGUGAAGCUAAGAUGGCAGAGACUUGUAUUGUGAAAGAAAAGCAAGAUUAUAAGCAGAAAUUGAAGAUACUUAGGAUUGAAAUCACUAAACUGAAAGAGGACCUGAAUGAGAAGACAACAGAGAACAACGAACAGCGAGAAGAGAUCAUUCGCCUCAAGCAAGAGAAAAGUUGUCUGCAUGACGAAUUAACUUUUACUGUUGAAAGAGAAAAGAGGAAAGAUGAGUUACUUGAUAUUGCAAAGUCAAAGCAAGAUCGCACAAAUUCAGAGCUGCACAUUCUGAGACAGAUUUACGCAAAACAACAGAGUGACCUGCAGUUUCUUAAUUUCAAUGUAGAAAAUUCUCAGGAAUUAAUACAGAUAUAUGACUCAAAGAUGGAGGAGGCAAAAGCUCUGGAAUGCAGCAGAGACAUGUGUUUAUCAGACCUUGACAAUAACUACCCAAAAAUCGAUAUUAAGAGAGAGAGAAAUCAGAAGUCAUUGGUUAAGGAUCAAAAGUUUGAGGUCACGUUGGCUCAGCACAAUAGGUCAGACAAGAGCUCUUGUGACGCAUGCAAAGAGAAGAAGCUACAGGUUAAUGCUUCAUUUGGGGAAAAAAGUGUAAUUGAUCUCUCAUCUCUAUUUACCAAAGACUUACUGGAGAAACAAAAGUCUUGGUCUCUGGGUGGAAAAAUCCAGACUGAACCCGAAAGUAAAGUUACACUAUGCAAGAUUCAUACAAAAUCACCCAAAAUCAAUGAAGUGGAGCCUGAGAUGGAAGAGAAGCAGCUCGCAGAGACAUCCGUCUCGCUGGCUGAUGAGAGGCAGUGGCAUGACAUCAGCGUUUACCUGGGCCUUUCCAACUGCUCGGCCUUAAAACAGCCGGAAAAGCCCAAUGGGGACUGCCAUGACCCUGCAGAAACUUCUGAAAUCUCAUGCUGCACCCAAAAUGAAGUCUGUAUAGGUGACAGUGACCUGUGUGAGCCCAAGUGCUGCCACCCGAGCAACAACAUCAUCGAAGCCCCGGGGCACAUGACCGACGUAGAGUGGAUGAACAUUUUCAAGCCUUCCAAAAUGCAAAGGAUUGUUCACCACAAAACCGUGUGCACUUGUUCAGGAGGUGGCAGUGGAGUGAAAUAUAAUUCCUCAGCAAGUGAGCUCAUUGCCACUAGGCCUCCUCAGUGUUUGGAUUCCUCAAGAUCUGCUGAAAGAGAAGAUGAGUCAGAGGCCCCUCCUGACAAACGAACCUCAGUCAAGAGUGUGUUCAUCAGCAAAGAUGCAGCAGCAUCCAGUGAAAAGGAUGACUUUUCUCCUACCAGUAAGCUCCAGCGCCUGCUGGCCGAGUCUCGGCAGAUGGUUACGGAUCUAGAACUGAGCACACUGCUGCCCAUCAACUGUGAGAAUCUCAAAAGAAGUAAAUUAGAAGUCUCAGAAGAGCCAGAUGAAAAAAACACCCUUGUCAGUCACUGAAGGAAACAAAGUCAACUUGGACAUUCACUAUGGCCAUGUAACCAGGAUUCUCACCGGAAGGCAGAAAGCGCACACCA